UGGCUUGAGCACCUUGGAAAAAUGGCUGAUCUUCCUCUUUGUGGUGAUGACAGGCGUGUGCGUUGCCCUGGUGACCCUCUACUUCGUGGACCAAGAGGCUUCCUCCACCACUGACCAAGAGGGGCCGGACUCAGGAUGCGGUGGACCCCAGGAGCUCACCGCAGAGUCGGGCACCUUCACCAGCAUCCAUUACCCCAGUAGCUAUGACAACGGGAGGAGCUGCGCCUGGCACAUCACCGUUGACCCGGAUAAGGUGAUCGCCCUGAGAUGGGAGGAGUUUGCGUUAGAAGACAGCCACCUGUGCACAGCAGACUUCAUCACACUGCGAGAUUCAGUGGGAGUCAUUGGCAAGUACUGCGGCUACACCAAACCUUUGCCUAUGGUGUCGCUAACAAACCGCCUGACCGUCUACUUUGACACCAACGACAGGAAAACAGACCAGGGGUUCAAGGCUCGUUACGAGGCCGUGUCUCCGGAGCGUGCAUCGGAAAUAGCCGGAGCUGGUGGCACUCUCCAAGGUGACCAGGGGGAUCUGAUGACCCCCGGCUUUCCGGAGCAGAACUACCCGAAUGGAGCUCUGUACCAGUGGAAAAUAACCGUGCCAGAAGGCGAGAAGGUUCGACUGACGUUCACUUCAUUCGACUUGUUGCCUGAAGUGUGUGGAGACUUCGUCCAGGUCUAUGAUGGCUCUACGUCGUUGGGUAAAUUCUGUGGUGGGGCCAUGCCAAAGCCGGUGGAGUCCAGCAGCAACGCCAUGAUUGUGCGCUUCAAGUCCGACAGCACCGGCCGCUCCAGAGGGUUCACCGCCACAUACACAAAGUCCAGCCUCCCUCCUAUUGUGGUACCUACCACAAUUAAACCCACAACCACAUCCAAGCCCACCACCCAGACCCUACCGCCCACCACAUCCGACUCGGGCGGCACGAUCACGCUCACUGGUCGUAAGGGAGUGUUCCAGUCUGAGGGCUUUCCCAACCCUUACCCCGCUUAUCAGAACAUCUCCUGGAGGAUAACCGUGCCCAAGGGGUUCCUGGUGAAGCUGCAGAUCACCGACAUGGCCAUCACUGGGGAAACGGGACAAUGCAAGGAGGACAAACUAAUCGUCUCGGACGCUUACGAUACUUUAGCCGUGCACUGUGGGUACAUCCGUCCUCCUGUGGUGGUGGCAGCCACCAACACCAUGACCGUCUCCUUCCAGUCUGACAGUCGUCUCACAGACAGAGGCUUCUCCGCCAAGUGGGAGGCGGCGUACCCCGAAGAUAUAGCGGAAAUCCAGGGUUGCGGCAUGUCUUCCAAGGAGAAGACGGGGGUCAUCAAGUCCGCCAACUGGCCCAUGAACUACAAGGCCAACGCCGAGUGCAUGUGGAACGUGGCGCUGCCCAUUGGAAGGAAAAUCACGCUUGCCUUCACGCACUUUGACCUGGAGGCCAAAGACUUGCUGUCGUCCAAAUGCUUCGAUAACGUCAUCGUGUACGACAUCAACGGCGUGACCAACGCCUUGAUUCAGAAGCACGGACCAUUUUGUGGCACCAAGUUGCCAAAAACCAUCCAGAGCAAAGGUAGCAGGCUGAUGAUACGCUUCCAUUCUGAUUUGUUUACCGAGGCUAAAGGCUUCAGAGCCUACUGGACUACAGACCCCAGUGUGCCUGCACCCACUGAGCCGCCUGUACCGCCAAAUCCUUGGGACGGCAUCAACAUAGACUGGCCCGGUACAUGUGGCAGACCUGCCAUCCCUCCUUCUGUGAAGUCUCGCAUUGUCAACGGGGAACCCGCCACACCGCACUCGUGGCCCUGGCAGGUGUCCAUGCAGGUGUGGCCGUCCAGUCGACCUGACCCGACGUUCUUCCAUACCUGUGGCGGGACUCUUAUCCAUAAGAACUGGGUGCUGACAGCCGCUCACUGCUUCAUCAGGUACGCUGACGAGCUGCACCGCUGGCGCAUGUGCUUGGGCAAGCACAACCUGACCAUCACGGAGCCCAGCGAGCACUGCCUGAACGUGACGGGCAUCCACCGCCACGAGGCAUUCAAGUACCCCACGGUGCCCACGGUGGAGUUUGACAUCGCCCUGGUCAGGCUGGACGGGGAGGCUGAGGUCAGCAACCAGAUCUCAUACGCCUGCCUUCCCAGGCAGGAGGUGGUGCUGCCCGAGGGGAAAAAGUGCUACGCCAGCGGCUGGGGAGACGAGACGGGCGAUUCCCUGAAUGCCAAAGUUGCAGAGACCCUUAACCAGGUCGCCUUGCCUGUUGUCCCGUAUGACACCUGCAAGAGGAUGGACUACUGGUGGUUCCAGGUCAAGACCUCCAUGAUCUGCUGUGGCUAUACUUUGCCAGAUGAGCUCAAGUCAGUGUGUCAGGGAGAUUCCGGCGGUCCUUUAGUGUGCCAGGACUCCCCGAACAGUCCUUGGGAAGUUCACGGAAUUACCAGCUUUGGUCCUAUUGGGUGCAUCAUGAACAAGAAGCCCUCUGUGUUCACCCGCUCGUCCGCCUACAUCCCCUGGAUCAGCGACAUCAUACGCAGGGAUAUCUACAACCAACACAGUAUGAUCGCCGCUUUCCUUCUGGUUGUCUCGCUCUUUUUUUUCACAGUCUUGACACGUUAUGUAGCAUCCGGUUGCGGCGGAGCGAAGGACUUGGCGGGCGCAGGUGGCACUUUUUCCUCCAUGGGGUACCCGGGCAGCUACAGCAACAAGGCCAGGUGUCAGUGGAACAUCCAAGCACCUGCAGGCAAACUAGUCCACCUUCACUUCAGCAAUUUCUCCCUGGAGGAGAGUGAACUGUGCCUGAAUGACAAAGUUCGCAUUACGGACUCAGCUGGAAGUCUAGGCACCUACUGCAGCCACACUCCCCCCCCGGACCUGGUGAGCGGUGGGGACUUGCUUCACAUCAGCUUCUCCUCCAACGACAAGGUGGUGGACACGGGCUUCGCGGCCACAUGGAAGGCGAUGGACCCGGCGGAAGCUCCGUGUGGAGGAAGCUUUAACGCCGCCCAGGGUGAGGUCACCAGCCCUAACUGGCCCAAGGACUACCCGGGUCAGACCGUGUGUACGUGGAGGAUCGAGGUCCCUUCAGCCAGAAGCAUCCACGUGGUCUUCACUCACUUUGAGCUGCAGGCCGUGAACGUGCUGGGGAACUGCGUGGACUAUGUGGAGGUCUUCGACGGAGACAACAUGGCUUCACAAGGACGCUUCUGUGGCUUUGCCCCGCCCCCGUCAAUACUCGCCCCGAGCGACACGGUGGUCAUUCGCUUCCUCAGCAACGGGGUUAACCAUCAGAAGGGUUUCCGUGGUUACUGGACCACCGAUGCCAGUGUCGUUCCAACUCUGCCUCCUCCCACUCCGAACCCGUGGGACAACAUUACCAUCAGCUGGCCAGAGGAUUGCGGUAAACCGGCAGUGGCCCCCAAUACGGGCAACCCGAGAGUGGUUAAUGGGGUAGAAGCCGUCCCCCACUCCUGGCCCUGGCAUGUCUCCAUGCAGACUACGCACAUACCUCACAUCCCUUACACGCAUUGGUGCGGAGGUUCUCUGAUCCACGAGGAGUGGAUCCUGACAGCCGCCCACUGCUUCAUGGCGCCUCGGAACCACCCGUCCUUCUGGCGCGCGUGCCUGGGGAAGCACCACAUGAACUCCUCCGCCGACGUCCCCUCGGCCGAGGCCUGCUACCGGGUGGACGGGAUCAUCCGGCACGAGGACUUCGUCUACGAGAACGACCGCAGCGACAUUUGGAACGACAUCGCCCUGGUGCAUUUGGCCCCGCCCGUCAACAUGACCAAGGAGAUCAGCCCCGUAUGUCUGCCCCAACCGGGCGCCAUUAUGGCGGCUGGGACGCCUUGCUUCAUCACCGGCUGGGGGGACGAGAAAGGCAACCUCGUCCCCAAAGUGUCGGAGAAGCUGAAUCAGGCUGCGCUUCCCGUUGUGGACUUCCAGACCUGCAGCAAGCCGACUUACUGGUGGCAAACCGUGAGGCCCUCCAUGAUCUGUGCUGGCUACGACUCCCCGGAUGAGCUCAAGUCAGUCUGCCAGUACGACUCCGGGGGUCCCUUCGCGUGCAAGGCCGCCCGGGCCAACGCCACCUGGGAGGUGCACGGCGUCGUCAGUUUCGCACCCCGGGGCUGCAUCAAGGACAAGAAGCCCUCGGUGUUCACUCGUGUGUCCGCCUUCAGCCACUGGGUCCACGACAACAUCAGGAGGUUCUUGUACCAGAGGGCCCGGUCCGUCUAGGGCGGGGGUCAGCAACCCGCGGCUCUAGAGCCACAUGCGGCUCUUGAGCGGCGCCCUGGUGGCUCCAUGGAGCUUUUUCAAAAAUGUAUGGAAUUGGGGAAAAAAAAAAUGGUAAUAUGGUUUCUGUAGGAGGACAAACACAACUUAAACCUUCCUCCCUGCUUGGCACUCAGCAACAAAGGGUUGGAGUUGGGGGUUAAAUCACCAAAAUGACUCCCGGGCGCGGCGCCGCUGCUGCCCACUGCUCCCCAAGGGGAUGGGACAAAUGCAGAGGACAAAUUUCACCACAUCUAGUGUGUGUGUGACAAUCAUUGGUACUUUUAUCUUUAAUCUUAAUCUAAUUGUUAGAAAGCCCAUUGUUUAAUAUGUUUAUGCGUCACUGAUGAGAGUGCCCUUUUGUCCUACUAAUUUCAGCGGCCCUUGAACUCACCGUUGUCUGGACUGUGACUCAACAGUUUGUUUACAUGUACAACUUUCUCCGACGCUGCCACAGAAAGUCACGUUUUAUGCCACUCCUUCUCUGUCUCAUUUUGAACACCAAACGUUUUAUGCUGUGUGUGAAUGCACAAAGGAGAGCUUUGUUGA